CUCGUGCGUACAACACAGAAAUAAGCCAUGAACCGAUAUGGAGACCGAGACGUCAACGUGGUCGGUAUUCAGGCACUCAACAGCGAAAAUGAGUCCACUCGAUUUGAUGAGACCCUGAACGGCUACUUCCGCGUGUCUAAUGCCGCCAAUAAGCGCCUUCGAGUUCACGGGGGUCGUCACGUACCCUCUCAAACAGCAGAGAAUAACCCCGACACUUGUCUAAAGCAGCUCAAGCGCAUGCUACGCGACGCAGAAGCUACAGUGCAGUCUGAAUACAUCCACAGACUCCACUUAACUAUUCAGCACCAAUUCAAGCGCGCUAAGACGUCGUCUAUCGUCUUCUGUAGGGCGGUGGAACUUUGUCGAGAGAUAUUCAAGCGGUCAGCAGUGUUCCGAGCCCUUAUAUCAGCACAGACGGCCUCAUUCUUUGACCAACUACUCGUGGCUGCAGGGGAAGACCCGCGUGCCAACGUGUCGAGAGCUUUAAGAGCCAGAAAUCGUGGCUCGAAGCAGCUAAAGACAGUGUUGGAGCUUAUUGAGACGUGGAAGCAGGACUUUGGGAAUAAGUAUCCAUCUCUAGUGGCAGGUUACAGUGUUUUAAUUGAUAGAGGGUAUCAGUUCCCCAAUGCGCGUGAGAGGCAGCAGGAACAGCGAGAUCGACAAGUGGACAUACAACGGCAUCGAGAGCGAGUAAAUAACGCCAAGAAACAACAACGGGAUCGAGAAAUGAAGCGGUAUGUACCGGAGAUGGAGCAAGUGCUGGUCGAGAUGAAUCGCGUGUUUGAGAUUUUGGUACCGACGUUGGAUGCCUUCAACGUAGAGGAGGAAGAGAAAUCCGCCGAAACUUCAGUUGAUGUUAAUGUGGCUAAAAGCAAGAAGAACAGUGACGAACGGAUUCACGUCAUCGAUAAUGAAGACCACGAAGAGGAUGUGGACAAUGACAUUCAAUGGGAGAACGUUACAGGAGUCGAUGCAGACGAUGAGGACACUGUGGAGUGGGAGAGUGUGGAAGUGGACGAUACUAGCGAUAACACGGAGGAGGACAAUGCAAGUGACGGAGAUACCGCUGAAGAUCAGAUGGAUAUCAACGAAAUUGUGCAGGCGUAUGGCCUUGGAAGCUCGUCUUACCAGCUGACCAUUGAAGUCUCCAAGCAGGUGUGCGAGGAAUCCUCCGAUAACGGCGCAUUGUUCCGAACCCUGGCUGACGGUACACUGCGCAUGCGGAAAAGGUUUCUACCAUUAUUGGACGACUGGGAACAGCACUCUACGUUAGGAGGACAAUGCUCAUCCAGAUCUUCAGAUUUACUGACUCAACGUGAGAUUUUACUGCGAAUUCGUGACCUCCGAGAUCGCAUGACGCGUGCACUAUUGAAAUGGGAUGAUCUCGUCCAAGACUCGAAAAAAAAAACUUCAGUUCAGCCGGCUGUGGUGUCGUUGCCUCUAGAGUCGUACAACCUACCCACCAAGCGAAGGCGGCGAACGAAUCCACAGCCAUAGCCCCGAACUGCUAUAGGUUCUGGUCGCUCUUCCGCGUUACUUUUUUUCGUUACCCACAGACCAACCGUCAUAGCAGUAGCAGCUCCAAAAAAGGUCGAGCCUAGCCAAUGAUGUUCCUCAACUGUUCACGUAGCAGUUUUUUGUUUUUCAA